GCGGCACAGUUGGAAGAGGGAGUGAGACAGGUGCAUGGACAGUGCAAGAACGACCCCUGCCCCGGGAAAGGGUUUAUAAAGGGGGACGACAGGGGCUCCCCUGGUGGCGCAGUGGUUGAGAAUUUGCCUGCCAAUGCAGGGAACACGGGUUCGAGCCGUGGUCUGGGAAGAUCCCACAUGCCGCGGAGCAACUAGGCCCGUGAGCCACAACUACUGAGCCUGCGCGUCUGGAGCCUGUGCUCCGCAACAAGAGAGGCCGCGACAGUGAGAGGCCCGCGCACCGCGAUGAAGAGUGGCCCCCGCUUGCCGCAACUAGAGAAAGCCCUCGCACAGAAACGAAGACCCAACACAGCUUAAAAAAAAACAAAAAACAAAAAACCAACGUUUAAAAAAAAAAAAAGAGCAACCUCCCCAUGCCGUGGACCCGCGUCAGCUCACCUCCCGCUGCUCAGCCAAAAACUCCGAGUCAGCCGCCGGAGACCGCGCUUCCGUCCCACGCCGCCGCACCGCCUGCGCCCGCUGUUCGGAAGGACCCCGCAGACGCCGCGGUCGCGUUUCUGCCCCGGAGGACAGCCCUUUGCCUGUGGACCAGCUCGGAAGAAUGCCGGCCGCGGACACAGGAACCUGCGAGGCGGAGUUGUGGGUCCCCAAACCAAGGCGUGGGCUGCUCCGAAGAAAGCAAGGCCCGAGGAGGCGAGAAUCUGGCACAGGCCAUGAAAAGGAAUGACAUCAUUGACUUCAAGGCUUUGGAGAAAGAGCUGCAGGCUGCACUCACUGCUGAUGAGAAGUACAAACGGGAAAAUGCUGCCAAGUUACGGGCAGUGGAACAGAGGGUAGCUUCCUAUGAGGAGUUCAGGGGUAUUGUCCUUGCAUCACAUCUGAAGCCGCUGGAGCAGAAGGACAAGAUAGGAGGAAAGAGGACUGUGCCCUGGAACUGUCACACUAUUCAGGGAAGGCCCUCCCGGGAUGAAACCACUGAAAUCUCCCCGGAGAAAACGCUCCUCCAGCCCGAGACCUCGGCUGAGUUCUACCGUGAUUGGCGGCGAUACUUGCGGAGUGGGCCAGAGCGCUACGAGGCCCUGCUGCAUCUCGGGGGCCCAAAGCUGGGCCGCCUCUUCCAGAUGGAUGUGGGGUUUGGACUUCUAGGGGAGAUGCUGAUGGCACUGGCUGAUCACGUGAGGCCAGCUGACCGGUGGGUGGUGCUGGGGAUCCUGCGCAGCCUGGCCAGCACUGGCCGCUUCACCCUGAACCUGAGCCUGAUGAGCCAUGAGGAGAAAGAGAGCUGCAGAUCCUUGUUUCAGAAGCUGCAGGCCAUGGGCACCCCCAGCCUGGAGGGGCGGGGUCUGGGGGAGCAGCCUGGUGGGCUCCAGGAGGAGGAGAGUCUUCUGCAAGAGCUGCUAAGGCUGUAUCACGUGGACUGAUGGGACCAGUUACCUUCAGAGGCCCCCAGUGGCCACUGGAGGCAUUUUUUUGUUGUCUCGAGGGCUCUACAGGACUGUAGUGAGAAGCCCACACCUAAUUCCCUUCUGGUCUUGGAAUUUUCACAACAAAAGCAGUAACUGAAUUUUCCCUUUUCCUCCAGCCUCUUGGGGGCUCCAUAUUCUGAACUGUGUAGAUCCACAGGAUGGUCAAGGGCCCAAGAAGUUGAAAGGCUUUUGCUUCCCACCCUUAGAGUCUGCCAGUCUGCUAGCCCAUGGCCCUGAGAGAUGGAUGCGAACCCAACCAAACACUGGUGCCACCAGUUACAGCCUCCACUCAAAAAAAGUAAAAAGCAAAAUUGUUAAUCUUCCAUGAUAAAUUAAUACUGAUCUCCAUAGCUCUUAACAAGAGUAUUUGUAACUGGAAACCAACAGAAUGGACAUUUAAUCAAUAAAUGAUCAAAUGCUACCUCAUUUGAGGUGCAGUAUUUUUCUCCAGGGGCUGAGUUCCCGUGCAGGUUGGGCCUGGGAAAGCCCCAAGCCAUCAGCUCAGGCCUGGCCAGCCUCCCAGGCAUCUUCAGAUGGCCAGAUGUGCAGGUAGGAGGGUUUCCUUCAACUCCUGGAUUAACCAAAGGGAGGACCUUUCCACCAGGCAGGCAGGGCAGGGCCUGGAACAGAGAGGCAGAGAUUUCCCUGUCCUGGUACGUGGGCCCUUGCUUCUCAUUCUGGCUUCCCCUGACCCAUUCUUGAGUGAGUGUCAGUGUUCUAGAAAGGGGAGAAAGGGCCAGGUUCUAGAAUGGUUUUCCCUCAAGAUCAUGUCUGGAAUGUUAGAAGGGCAUCUUGUACUUCCACUGGGAAUAAAUU